UCGUUCAUGACUCCGUAGUCCCUAGUAGUCCCCCACCCAGCUUUAACUUUGCCCUUGAAGCGUUUGAUAUUAUAUCAUGACAAUAACUGUCCGAAGUUUAGCUAAGUUAGCCGUGCCUAUCGUUGGUAACUUAUUCUAUAUUAGUCGGGCACAAAUAAGCACUAUCAAAAUGUCUUCAAACAAUCCGGACUACAGGCUCGUUAACUCUAUUCACGAAUUCACCGUCAAAAACAUCAAAGGCGAAGAUGUUAAACUUGAUGUAUACAAAGGUCAUGUUUGUAUUAUUGUUAACGUCGCUUCACAAUGCGGCUUAACUGCAAACAAUUAUAAGCAGCUUAACGAAUUGUAUGAGCAGUAUGCUGAAAGUAAAGGUUUGAGGAUUCUCGCAUUCCCUUGCAAUCAAUUUGCAGGUCAGGAACCAGGAAAUCCAGAGGAAAUUGUUUGUUUUGCAGCAGAAAAGAAGGUUAAAUUUGAUUUGUUUGAAAAGAUAGAUGUUAAUGGAGACUCUGCUAGUCCUCUAUGGAAAUUUUUGAAGCACAAACAAGGUGGCACUUUGGGCAGUUUUAUCAAGUGGAAUUUCACCAAAUUUAUUGUUGACAAAGAUGGAGUUCCUGUAGAGAGACAUGGCCCUAAUACUGACCCCUUGGAUUUGGUUAAGUCACUUGAAAAAUAUUGGUGAAGCGUAUCAAAGAUAAAAUGUCAAUGGGUAGUUUUAAUACUUAAUUUAAGCUUGUUAUUUUUUAUCAGUAGUGUUUUAUUAUUUAAAUGCGUUACUAUGACUAUAUAACACAAGACACAAUAGUGCAAAAUUUGAUAUAUACAUUUCUUACAUAAAUUUGUGUUUAUUGUGAUGCAAUUUAAAUUUUGCAAUUUCUAUGAGAGCACUUUUUCUUUUAAUAUAAUUAAUGCAUUAUAGGACUGUAUCUACUCAACUAAUUAAUGAUAU